AUGACCACGCAAGAUUACAAAUUCGAGGGCUGGCUUGGCCUGGACCCCAAGUCCGUCGAGGGGAACAUGGUCUGGCAGGAGUUUGAGCCUAAGCCGUGGGAGGAGACCGAUGUCGAUAUCCAGGUCACUCACAGUGGUAUCUGCGGCUCUGACAUUCACAUGCUUCGUAGCGGCUGGGGUGAGGCUCCGUACCCUCUCUGUGUAGGCCAUGAAAUUGUCGGUAUCGCUGUACGUGUCGGCUCGCAGGCUGAAGGCGGUAUCAAGGUGGGCGAUCGCGUAGGCGUCGGCGCGCAAAACGAUUCGUGCCUCGGGCGCCAGGGCGAUUGUGACGAGUGUGCGGCGGGACUCGAGAGCUAUUGCUCCAAGAUGGUUGUGACGUACGGCUCGACGCAUUACAAUGGUGGCAAGUCCAUGGGCGGCCACGCGACGCACCACAGAUGUCCGUCGCACUUUGUGGCCAAGAUCCCCGACGGGCUGGCGUCGGAAUACGCGGCGCCGAUGCUGUGCGGCGGCUUGACGCUGUACGCGCCGCUCAAGCACCACGGCUGCGGGCCGGGCAAGAAGGUCGGCAUUGUGGGCGUUGGAGGGCUGGGACACUUUGGCGUGUUGUUUGCAAAGGCACUCGGUGCAGACAGGGUGGUGGGCAUUUCAAGGAGUACGAGCAAGAGAGAUGAGGUGUUGAAGAUGGGAGCGGAUGAGUAUAUCGCGACGGAGGAUGAUGCAGAUUGGGCCAAGAAGAACGACAAGAGCCUGGAUCUCAUCAUCUCAACCCUAUCUUCUUCCAAGGUUCCGAUACAGGACUACCUCAACCUGCUCAAGACGGACGGCACGUUUGUGCAGGUGGGCAACCCCGACGACGGCGGGUACACAGUGCACCCAAUCACGUUCAUCGUGAGACGCAUCAAGUUUACAGGGUCAAGCACAGGGUCGCCUCGGGAGAUGGCUGAGAUGUUGCAAUUGGCGGCGGACCAGAAAGUGCAUCCGUGGGUCGAGCAGCGACCGAUGAGUGAUGCGAACCAGGCGAUUGUGGAUAUGGAAGCCGGCAAGGCGCGGUAUCGCUACGUGUUGACGAAUUAA